AUGGGAAAAAAAGUGAACAAUAAAAAGCACAUCCAUCAUCCACGAAAAAGACACAUCAAGCUUCCUUUAAUGCUAAACUCAACUGUUCGUAAUAAUAAUAAUAGCAAUCGAAAUAUAGAGAAAUUAAGCUUAAUUCUUUCCUUUAAACAUCAAAUGAAUGAUUGCGUGAUGAUGAUGAUGCAUAAGAAAAGAAAAUUGUUAGGUGAAGAAAAAAAGGAAAAAAAAGUUUCCGCUUGGGGUAACACUGAAGCGGAAGAAAAGCUAAAAAAAACUUUUUCAAGCGUUCUUUGUUUAGAACAUAAAAGCAAUAAGUACUUAUUUCGAUUACAGACUACAAUGAACACCCCAGCAAAUCAUUACUUAAAGUUCUCAAUUCCUCCUGUUGAACAAUCAAAUAAAUGCUUCAGAAGACAAAGAAACGAAAACAUUCACAAAGAAAAAUGCGCCAAUCGACAACGAGAGCACAAAAAGAAUCUGCUUGUGGAUGAAAAAAAAAAAAAUUGCUUAAUGAAUGAAGAAUUUUUGGCUAAACGAGUUGCAAUGACAGUCAUAAUUGGAGCUGAAAGUCAUUGGAUAUGUAGAGAUUUCAUAGAAGUGUCUGAAUCUCUGCCAAAUCUAAUAAUAGUUGCCAAAAUCCCAUUAACUAGAACAUUAGUUUCGGAUUAUGUAAGAAGAAGAUUUACAAUUCAAACGUUUUGA